AUGGCAUAUAAUGAUGGUUACUCUGGUGAUCGCAUGGCCGCCCUCGGCUCUAAUCUCCGCGAUGUAAACUGGGGCGAGGUGCAGGUUGUGGCAUCACAGUGGAAUUACUAUAAACCACAACAACAGCGCAGCGAUGCGGAGACCGCAGAGUGGCUGCGUGAGAAUCGCAUAACCAUCUACGGUGAUCGCGUACCACAACCAAUGCUUCUCUUCUCUGACCUUGUUGCCCCUGAUGCUAUCCACCAGGGCUUUAUUGAUCUUGGCUACAAGGCCCCUACACCCAUUCAAUCUAUUGCGUGGCCUAUUCUGUUAAACUCACGUGAUCUUGUUGGUGUAGCGAAGACGGGAUCUGGAAAGACAAUGGCUUUCAUGGUGCCAGCUGCCCUGCACAUCAUGGCGCAACCACCCAUACGCCCCGGUGAUGGGCCUAUUGCACUCGUCCUCGCCCCCACACGCGAACUCGCUGUGCAGAUAGAAGAAGAAACACGUAAAGUGCUGCGACGGGUGCCAAGUAUCUCCACGACUUGUUUAUACGGUGGAACCCCAAAGGGACCGCAGAUCCGCGUACUCCGCGCUGGUGUGCAUGUGGUGAUUGCGACUCCAGGGCGAUUGAUUGAUUUACUCGAGAUGCACGCCACCAACCUCUUACGGGUGACGUAUCUCGUAUUGGAUGAAGCGGACCGCAUGCUGGAUAUGGGAUUUGAGGUGCAGAUUCGAAAGAUUUGUUCGCAAAUACGCGCAGAUCGUCAAACACUUAUGUUCUCCGCAACAUGGCCACAAGAAAUUCGUAACUUGGCGGCAAGUUUUCAACGUGACUUUAUUCGUGUACACGUCGGUUCAGAGGAUCUUGUCGCGAAUAAUGAUGUAUGUCAGCAUGUAAUAGUUGUGGAAGAGUAUGAUAAGCAGCGUCGAUUGGAGGAAAUUCUGCAGAAACUCGGUCAACAACGUGUACUUAUUUUUGUUAAGACAAAACGUACAGCAGAUUCGUUACAUUCCUCUUUACGCCGUAUACUUGGUGGUGCGGUGAUGUCCAUUCAUGGUGAUAAGGAACAAUCACAGCGUGAUUAUGUGCUAGAUCGUUUUCGCCGUGAUGCUCGAUCGGUGCUCGUCGCAACAGACGUCGCAGCUCGUGGAUUGGAUAUUAAGAAUUUGGAUGUGGUGGUUAAUUUUGAUAUGCCUACAAACAUUGAGGAUUAUGUGCAUCGUAUUGGUAUGAGAUCAUUAUUCCGGUUGAGUUUUACCGUUUCUACCCCUCUUACUCUCUCCCUCUGUUUCUUUUUUUUAUUAUUUUCGAUUAACAUUUCUCCCCUCUUUGUGUUACUUCCCACCCUCUCUCUAGUAAAAUCUCUCCCUCUCUCUUACUUUUUAAAUUAUGCGUGUCUUUGUCUGUUGGCGUCAGUUGUCUUCCUGUGGUGUUGCGUUUUUUUAUUUUUUUUUAUUUUAUUUUUUUGCGGAGUUAAAGAGGGUCUAGUUGCGUGCGUAGAGUGGUUGGGAAUCAUGAGAGAGAGGCAGGGAAGGGAAGGGAAGGGAAGGAGAAGGCUAUAUGGAUCGAUAUACUAA